AUGAAGAGAAGAACCGCAAGCUCGAUCGAGCUGCAUGAAUGUGUCGAGUGGAGUGCUCCUGAUGGCCGCUUGCCUCUCCAGACCACGACCUUGCCUCCCAGUUCUUUGGGGGGCACUGAGGCUAAGUUUGGGGGUGCCAACUCGAGCUCGAUCGAGUUGGGUGUCAAAACCAGAAAAGUGGUGGCUCGAGUUGCUGCUCUUGCAUCAUCUUUGGUUCUAACACUUAGCCUUCUGCCAAAGCAAAGCCACUUUCUUGAGAGAUCCCUGUUACUAAACCACCAUACACUCAAAAGAGACCCUCAUGUCUCUUCUCUUACCCAUGUUCCUAAGAGGAGAUUAACUUCGUCUUGA